GCCCAGGUUGGUUUGGCGCAGUGGGGCCGACCGAGCUCCCUGCCUAUGUCAUCCGUCCUCCAUCCAACAGCGACCGAUGAACACCCACAGCAUCUUCAGCACCUCCAGCAUCUCCAGCCCUCCAACGAGCCGCAUUUCAUGCGCAACCGCAGCGGGCGACCUGACCGACACUCGCACCGACCCGAAACCGAGCGACGAUGAUCGCCUGACCUCGCCCCGACUACCUAUCCAUCAUGGCCUUGAACCCAUCCGACGGCUUCGCCGCUGGCAACGGGGUGCUCGAUCUCGAUGACACCGCAUUGCCCAUGUUCGUCGUUGAACGAGUCCAGCUGCAGUUCUCGAUCGCCGCCGACUUCGUCGCUGCCCAGGUCGCGAACAAUGUGCUCGUUCUCGCGCUCUCCAACGGUCGCAUUCUGCGCAUUGAUCUGAACAGGCCCGAAGAUAUUGAUGAUAUUGACCUCCCCAAGAAACCCGGCGAAAUCGGCGUCAUUCGGCGCAUGUUUCUCGACCCGACGGCCUCCCACCUUCUUAUUUGCACGGCGCUCGGCGAAAACUAUUACCUCCACUCCCAGCAUAAACAUCCGCGAGCCUUGGCCCGGCUACGGGGCGUCUCAAUUGAGAGCGUUGCCUGGAACCCUUCACUGCCUACGGCAUCGACUCGGGAGAUUCUCCUCGGCGCCGCCGACGGCAACGUCUAUGAGGCCUUCAUCGAAACCACUUCCGAGUUCUAUAAGAAGGAUAUCAAGCUCAAGAACCUACACAAGCUACCCGAUGGACCUGUCACGGGCCUUUGGGCCGACACACUACCUGGACGGUCGGACAUGCGUCGGGUCAUGAUUGCAACGCAGGGUCGGCUGUUUCAUCUGGCUGGCAAGGUCGGCAGCGGCCACGACAGCGGCGGCUCCAUCUACACGAAGCUGUUUGAGUCAGAACAGCCAACGAUCCACGAGCUGUCGCGCGCGUCUGGUGCUGCGACGUCGGCUCUGGUGGUCUCGCCCGAUCCGCCCGACCGGAACCCCUACGAAGAGGAGUCGCUUGAGAGAGCCUAUGCGUGGCUGUCGGCGCAGGGCGUGUUCCACGGACAGCUCGACUCCAGCGCGGAAGGCAACAAGAUUUUCAACGAGUCCAACAUGCUGCCUCGCUCGCAGCUUGGCUCGUCCAACGGCUCCAACAAACGCAAUACUACGACGGACUAUAUUGACGCUAUUGCGCUGACGCAAUGGCAUAUCGUCAGUCUAAUCGGCGGCCGCGUGGUAGCCACCAAUCGCCUGACCGGGGAGGUCGUGUACGACCAGAUCGUCCUCGAACCGGGGCAGAAGGCUGUGAGCCUGUCCGUUGACCUGCAGAAAAACACCUUCUGGAUGUUCACCGCCCAGGAGAUUUUCGAGGUUGUCGUGAGGGACGAAGAUCGUAAUAUCUGGCAAAUUAUGCUCAAGCUGCGGCAGUUCGACGCAGCGUUGCAGCACGCAAAGACACCGGCACAAAGGGAAACUGUUGCGACUGCGUACGGUGACAACCUCGUAGUCAAGCGACAGUUCAUGGAGGCUGCUUCGGUAUACGGACGCAGCAACAAGCCGUUCGAAGAAGUGGCCCUCACGUUUAUCGACAAUGCCGAGCCCGAUGCUCUGAGGACGUACCUAUUGGCCAAGCUGGGCACGUUGAAGAAGGCGGCCAUCAUGCAGAGGAUUAUGAUAGCGAGUUGGCUGGUGGAGAUAUUCAUGGCGAGGCUCAAUUCGCUGGAUGACACCAUCAUCACCCAAGCGGAACUGGCCGACGGCCUCAACCCCGCGCAGUCGAGGGAGCAGCUUCGCGCCGUCCAGGGCGAGUUUCAGGACUUUGUCAACAAGUACAAAUCCGACCUCGACCGGCGGACGGUUUACGACGUGGUCAGCAGCCAUGGCCGGGAACAGGAGCUGCUAUACUUUGCCAACGCCGUCAACGACUACAACUACGUCCUCUCGUACUGGGUCCAGCGCGAGAGGUGGCCCGAGGCGUUGACGGUCUUAAAGAAGCAGACCGACCCAGAUGUGUUCUACCGGUACAGCACUGUGCUUAUGACGCACGUUGCCUCGGACCUGGUCGAGAUCCUGAUGCGCCAUUCCGAUUUGAAGCCUCGCAAGCUGAUACCCGCGCUUUUGGAAUACAACCGCAGUUUCGAGGGGAGCCCGGCGCAGAACCAAGCCGUCAGAUACCUGCAGUACGUCAUCAACCAGCUGAACUCAAAAGACUCGGCGGUACACAACACGCUGGUGUCUAUCUACGCCCAGACCUCAAAGGACGAGGCCGGGCUGCUGUCGUAUCUGGAGUCGCAGGGUGAUGAGCCCAGUUUCGACCCCGACUUCGCUCUUCGACUAUGCAUUCAGCAUCACCGGACGCUGUCGUGCGUACAUAUUUACACCAGUAUGGGCCAGUACCUCCAGGCCGUCGAUCUGGCGCUGUCACACAACGAGGUGGACCUGGCGUCCGUGAUCGCAGACCGGCCAAUGUCGAACCCACCCUUGCGGAAGAAGCUGUGGCUCGCCGUCGCUCGCAAGGUGAUUUCCCAAUCGAACGGCAUCAAGACGGCCAUCGAAUUUCUAAAGCGGUGCGACCUACUCAAGAUCGAGGAUCUCAUCCCCUUCUUUCCCGAUUUCGUCGUCAUCGACGAUUUCAAGGAAGAGAUUUGCACCGCGCUAGAGGACUACAGUCGCAACAUUGACGGGCUGAAGAAGGAGAUGGACGAGUCUUCCCAGACGGCAACGAACAUCAAGGUCGACAUUGCCGCGCUGGAUCACCGAUAUGCCAUUGUCGAACCGGGGGAGAAGUGCUACGUAUGCGGCUUGCCACUGCUCAGCCGGCAGUUCUUCGUCUUCCCAUGCCAGCAUUCCUUCCACUCAGACUGUCUGGGCAAGAGAGUGUUGGAACAGGCCGGUGUAGGUACGAGCAAGAGAAUCCGGGAGCUUCAGGUGCAAAUCAGUAAGGGUUUGGUCAACGGAGCGAAGAGGGAGGCCAUGAUUACCGAGUUGGACUCGCUGGUGGCAUCGGCAUGCAUUCUUUGCAGCGAAUUUGCCAUCAAGAGGAUCAAUGAGCCGUUUGUCACGCCGCAGGAUAACCUUAACGAGUGGAAGAUUUAAGAAACACGGGAGAAGGGAAGAGGGAGGAUGCCUGGUUAGACGCAUACACCAUCUAUUUGUACACGUUACGGUACCCUCGCAUGAGCAGGCGUAUAUGCCUAAAAGGCUGCAAUACCCGGCGUUUUAUUUAAUGGCUUGACCGAACCCCCUCCCCUCCCGCGCGGCGUCGUCGUCAUGUGUGGUACUUACCAGGCUCCCGCUGGUCUGAUGCCGAAUCUUUGGCUCAGCACAACCCAGGCGCCGACGACGAGCAGUUUCCUGAAUGCCACAGGGUCGCUGUCCGCGCCAAACGCAGACCGGAGCGACGAGGAGACGACGUCGUAGUCGACGAAGCCCAGCUGGUCGACCGCUUCCUUAGUUAGCAGAUCCUGGAACAUGGAUUGCAUGGGCCCGCCUACGGGCCACUUUGACGGGGCAGAGUAAGGGUGCUUCUUGCGGUGGUAUAUCUCGUCCGUGAUGAAGGGCCGUCCGGCGUCCCGUAAAAUCUUCUUGUCGAUCAGACGGUCUCGGGCGGCGGCCAUGUUGUUCCAGAACAGGCUCUCUGCUCCUUGUCCUCUCGUCGCGCGCCCGUCGUCAUCUCCUUCUUCGGGGUGGCGGUAGCUCAUCUUGACACUGGGCGGGAGCCCGUUGACGUAUUCGGCGAGCUCGUGGUCAAGGAACGGAAGGCGCGCCUCGAUGCUGUGUGCCAUCUCGGACCGGUCGCCCAAGCAUGUAAGAACCAUGUUGGCCAUGGAGGUCUUGAGGUAGAGGUACAGAGCCGAGUGGAGCGCGUGCCAGCGCGUGAGCAUGUUUUGGCGCGCGUCGGCAGGCAGGGCGUCGACCAUCGCGGCGUAGGCGUCUAGGCCGUCGCUGGCGGUCGCCCGGCGCACCCAGGAGGCGAAGACGUCCUUGGAGGGGUGCGAGCGUAGCUGAGCCCAGAAGGAGUCGAGGCCCGCAAGGGGCCAGAAGUCCGGGUUGCCGUCGUCGAGGGCGGGGUGGUCGAACAUGCCGACGAUGUUGAACAUGGUCCGCAGCUGGGCCUCGGCGGUCUCGAGGAAUGCGGUACGGAAGACGGCGUCGGUGUCGAGCGGAGACGAGGGAAAUGCGGCGUCGGGCUCGCGGAGGAGAUCUGAGACGAGGAAGGGGUAGCCGGCGAAGUGUUCGUCGGCACCUUCGCCAGUGAGGACGACGGGGAUACCCCGAAGGCGCGGCAGCUCCGACAAGGCGUGCUUCCCGACGCUGUUGAGAUUGUAGUGAUGGUGCUCGGUGUGGUAGACCGAGUCGGCGAAGUGGCGCGCAAGUUCGGCCUCGUCCAUGGCCUUUUCCACGAUGGCCACAUCGAGCCACUUGGCGGUGCGCUCCGCGAUGUCUGUCGAUUCGUGAUAACCGUGUCAGGAAUGUGGUGAGACGAAGAUUGAACACGUGACGCCAGCGGACACGCCAGCAGAUCAGAUGACUGGAAGACGUACCGUACUCGUUGUAGGCCGAGUCCGAGGUGAAGGAGAUGCUGAAGCAGGUGAUCUGGUCCUCGGCGCCCCGGCUCCCCAGCUUAAUGCCUCUCUCCCGUACGAGCUGGGUCGUGAUGCCGGCCACGAUGGAGGAGUCGAUGCCACCCGAGAGGUAGAUGCCGAUGGGCACGUCGGCCUGGAGGCGCAGACGGACGGCUUCCACGAGUCGGUCGCGGACGCCCUGCGUCAUCUCUUCGAGCGUGCGCGUCUCCUGGACUGACUAGAUGGGAAGUUUCUCAGUCAUCCGACUCUCUCACACACAUGUACAGAGAUAGUCUCUCUCUCAUUGUUUCUCAUAUGUCCUUCCAUGCGUUGGACUGGACCUCAUUGGGAAGCGUCUUACUUUGUCGCCGUAGUUGGCAUCCCAAUAACGAAGCUGCUUGACACUCCCAUCCCGCGCGAACCGCAUCCAGUGCCCGGGCAAGACCUUUUUCACCCCCUUGAACAGCGUACCCUCGCCCUGCAUCGCUGCGCCGCUGGCGAUGGCGGCGACGUCCCACUCGGGCCGCCAUCCCAUUGGCAAGAACGCCUUGAUCUCAGACGCCACGAGGAUCCGGGCCAGGGCGCUGUCAUCGUCGUCGUCGUCGUCGUCGUCGUCGUCGUC